UUGUCAACAGUGACGGCACACAACAAUUCAUUUAUGACUCCAAUUGAAUUGUGACUGUAAAUCGGAAUUCACUCUAUCAAUUGAACUGCGUUACAAUACACACGAAAACUUGUUAGUAAUGAGUGAUUUAUCGAUUGCGGUCAUUUGUUCGUCGAACAUGAAUCGUUCGAUGGAAGCCCAUGGAUUUCUAGCGAAAAAAGGAUACAAAGUACGAUCUUUUGGAACGGGAGAGAAAGUAAAACUACCAGGAACUGCACUGGACAAACCGAAUGUUUACGAAUUUGGUUCAUUUACUUAUGACGAAAUCUACAAUGAUCUCGCCAACAAAGACAAACAAUAUUACACACAAAAUGGUCUUCUGCACAUGUUGGACAGAAACCGAAGGAUAAAGAAAUGUCCAGAGAAAUUUCAACAUUGCACUGAACAAUUUGACCUAAUAAUUACAGCAGAGGAAAGAGUUUACGAUCAGGUUGUUGAAUAUAUGGAAUCGAAACCACCAUCAGAUAAUAAGACAGUACACAUCAUAAACAUUGACAUACAGGAUAAUCACGAAGAAGCAACGUUGGGUGCAUUUUUGAUUUGUGACUUGGUUGCGAUGUUAACCGCUACCGAUGACUUGGAUAAUGAUAUUGACGAAUUAUUACAUGAAUUUGAAGCAAGUAGCCAAAGGUCACUACUACAUUGUGUCCUAUUCUACUGAAUCAAAGACAGAGAAAUAAACUGACUAACUUUACCUAUUGAACACCAAUUAUUUUCAUUAAAUUGAGUCAAUUGAGACUGCUGACACAUUA